AUGGCGAUAACGCCGCCCACAUCAUCCACGAUGCCACCCCCAGAAAUGCUCGCGACACCACCCCAACGGCCUACACAACCCCUCCCUUACGCACCCCGCCUAGGCAUGCCCUUCGACCGGCGCCUCCUCCUCACCACCUCGCUUUCCUUCCUCUCGGGCUUCACACUCGGCUCCCUAAACGCCGGUCACAUGGCCUCCCUGCGCUUCCGCGCCGAAAACGCGCACCGCCUGCCCAUCUCAAAUCCGGGCUGGUACCUGUACCACAAGUCGAAGAACUACUAUAAAUGGCGGUUCGGCAUCGUCGAAGGUUUAAGAAAAGGCGCAUACAUCGCAGCCUGGUCAUCAGUAUUCUUCAUCGUGGAAGAGAGUCUAGAUGUGUUCCGGGGUACAUGGAGCGCGGGACGUACAAUGGAGGAGAUGGAGGGUGUGGAUGAAUUGGACAUGCGGAGGAUAAAUAAGGGGAUAGCGGGGAGUAGGGAUUUCAUUUCGAGUGGGCUAGCAGGUAUGGUUACGGGUGGAUUGUGGAGUGCGUGGCAUCAGUUCCCUGUUUCGACAGCUGCGAGAACGAUUCGGUUGGGUCUGUUUGUUGGGGCUGGAUUUGGGCUGGGUCAGGACGGAUUAAUAUGGGCAAAGAACAAGUGGGGUGGUGAUAAGCAGGAGGAGAGUUGGAUUUAUAAGGGUGCGAGGAAUAAGAUGGUUGAGGAGGAUAUUAAGAGUAGUUUGGAGAAGGAGUGA